UCCGAGUCUCCUCUUCGUCUCCCCCACUCUUUUCCCCUGAGAUUGAGCGUCUCCGUAGGAACCCUAACCCUAACCUUAGAUCGAUCGAUCGAUCGAUCGCCGGAGGAGGAGGAGGAGGAGUAGGAGGAGGAGGAGGAGGCAUGGCCGCUUCUGCCGCCGCCGCGGCGCGAAAAGCCCUAGCGGUGUCGCUCGUCCUCGCGCUGCUCGCGUCGUCGGGGUCGGCCAACUCGGAGGGCGACGCGCUCUACGCGCUGCGGCGGAGCCUCUCGGAUCCCGACAACGUGCUGCAGAGCUGGGACCCUACGCUCGUGAACCCGUGCACCUGGUUCCACAUCACCUGUAACCAGGACAAUCGCGUCACCAGAGUGGAUUUGGGUAAUUCAAAUUUAUCGGGUCAUCUUGUUCCUGAACUUGGACGCCUGGAGCAUUUGCAGUAUUUGGAACUAUACAAAAAUAAUAUCCAAGGAACAAUCCCUGCUGAUCUUGGUAACCUUAAGAGCCUUAUUAGCUUGGACUUGUAUAACAACAACAUAACUGGGACUAUCCCUCCAUCAUUAGGGAAGUUGAAGUCCCUUGUAUUCUUACGGCUCAAUGACAACCGUUUAACUGGUCAAAUUCCAAGGGAACUCAUCAAAAUAUCUAGCCUCAAAGUUGUAGAUGUCUCGAACAACGAUCUCUGUGGAACAAUUCCCACCACCGGACCUUUCGAGCACUUCCCCUUGAACAAUUUUGAGAACAAUCCGCGCUUGGAAGGUCCAGAACUGAUGGGGCUCGCUGCGUACGACACAAACUGCUGAGUGAAAACCCUGCUUAAGGUAGAUGAUCUCCUAUAUUGGAUUUCGGUAAAGAUUUAUGUCCUGUUGUUUGUAUUAGUGGCUUGUAGAAACAUUACUACUACAUGCAGUGUAGAUAGGUGCUAUAUAUAUAUAUAUAUAUGUUGUUGUUGUGACUCUUGACCUUAAAUUUAAAUAAGAAACUAGACUAAGCUAGUGCUAGAAAAAAUAGUAUAAAAUUAA